AUGGACAAACACUUCUUGUUGGUCUUCUCCCUCUUCUGCUUCCUCGUAGCAGUGACACCACUGAGGUGCAUAACAUGCCACCUUCGCACACAGACAGAUCGCUGUAGAAGAGGCUUUGGUAUGUGUGUUGCUCGGAGGCACGAGAGAUGCAUGAACUUAAAGAUCUUCCAGGGUAACAUUCUCCAGUUAUCUUAUAUGGUGUGUCAGAAAUUCUGCAGAGACUUGACAUAUGAUUUCAACAGUCGGACUUAUGUUCAUAAAUGCUGCAACCAAAAUUAUUGUAACUUCAAACUCUAAGAUAUUUGCCCUCCUGAUGUCUCACUUUAGAAUGUUAUUGAUGUUUCUCCCCUUUCACGCUCUACCUGCCCCUGCUUUCCUGCCCUGUCUGUCCUGGAAGUAGCCCCAGCUCUCUCUUUAAUUCAAUGCCAUCCUUCCUGAUGCCUCCAGCUUGGUUCCUACCUCAGUCAGAGGACAGUAAUUCUGAACAACACAUUUCUCCCAUUAUAGGGAUUGACAUUUCCAUACUCCAAGAAGCCCGCCCCAAGAGGCUCAGUAUGAUAAAAUUUAA